GGAGGGCCAUCCUGGUCAGCCUCCUGCCUCCUGUCCAAGACCCCUCUCUUGUGUUCCAGGUGCCCCAGGCAGCCAUGGACGUGGGUCUCUCCAGCCUGCCAGUUGUAUCUCAGGGUUGCAGCAAGACCCUGCGGGGAGCACGCGGCAGGGGUCCGGCCAUCCGGAGGCAGCGGGAGUUCAUGCCGGAAGAGAAGAAGGACACAGUUUACUGGGAGAAGCGGAGGAAGAACAAUGAAGCCGCCAAGAGGUCCCGGGAAAAGCGGCGUCUCAAUGACGCGGCCCUCGAGGGCAGGCUAGCCGUGCUGCUGGAGGAAAACGCUCUGCUCAGGGCUGAGCUGUGGACACUGAGGCAUCGCUUUGGCCUUCUGCCCUCCGUCGCUGGCUCCCGGGCCCUGCCCCUACAGGCCAUGCUAUGGGAGGCCCCCUGGACUGGGGACCCCUGCUCUAGGGCCGAACCCCUCCCCUCCCUCUCUGGCUCCCGUGGCUGCUUUUUGAGGCCAUGCGCCCUGGACACUGGGGUUCCGGGAUGCGGGGGCUGUCUGGUGGCUCACAAGUGGACUGGUCUGGCCACCUCCCCCAGGUGCCCCCAGGACCCUGCGCCCCCUGCCCCCAAGAGAAUGGACAUGGCCUUGCAGGCUGCCCUCCCAGCUGCCUUAUUCAGUUGUCACCUCCUGGAUGGGCAUGGGGGGACCAGACCGGAGGUCAGGCCCUUCUGGAGGCUGUGGUCACCCAUGCCCACUGGUUACCAGGCUUCGGGGCCCUCAGAUGUGUUGCUCACACCCUCUGCUGACCCGAUGGAGCUGCCUCCCGGGGUGACCUAUCCUGUCCCAGGGAACGACUCUGAGGGUCAGCCCUCCCUGCCCCACAAACUGCGCAUCAAGUCCCAAGCCUUGGGCAGAGUGCCUCCAGGGUGGGCGGAUGGCCGGGGCCCCCUCUGAGGGCUCCCCGGGGGCAGGGCUGGCCUGCAAGGGGAUUUUGGGACUGAACAUGGGUUUGUGCGGGGGAAGAUGAGUGGCUUGCCCCUGACUCAGCUCCCAGCACUGGGCGAGGCCACGGAGGGGGUCCACUUCUCAGUGUCCAGGUCUGGAGGAGGGGACAGGGUUUCAACUUGGAUCAUACGUGGUUCCCAUCCUGCCUAAAGUAUGUGCUUUGGGUAGUUCCUUUCCCUCCCUCCCUCCCUUCCUCCCUUGCCUUCCCUCCUCCCUCCCUCCUCCCACUCUCCUCCCUCCUUCCUUCCUUCCUUCCUUCCUUCCUCCCUCCCUCCCUCCCUCCCUCCCUCCCUCCCUCCCUCCCUCCUUCCUUCCUUCCUUCCCUUACUCCCUCCCCCCUCCCUGACUUCCAUCCACCAUUCAUUCAUUCAUUCAUUCAUUCAUUCAUUCUCUUACACAUUAACUCUCACAAUUUCCCCGCCCCCUCACCUGCCCACUCAUGAUCUUUGAACCCUCCCUCUGUGCUCAGCUUAGUGACCGGUGUGAGGACAGCCUCCCGGCUUUGGGAUUCUGAUUCCGGAGGUAGUGGUGGGGGUUUGGGGUUGGACAUACUGAGGGCCAUGCUCAAGAAGGAGGUAAUGUCUCAGGAUGUCUGAAGCCUUGUGUCUUGGGGGCUUACUUACCAGCUAGUUUGGGAGCCAGACUUACCCAGUUCAGAUGGCUUCCCCUUGUGUCUUGGGUCAAGGUCUUGAAACAUCGGAACAUGUCAGCAAUAUCGGGGGAAGGGUGGGAGUCCAUUUCUUCUCUCUCCCUGGCUGCCCAUGGCCGCUGAGCAUGCACACUCCCAGCUGGACAGGAGAAGGGACCAUUCUGCGGGGAAGGUCUCCCAGGGACCCUGGAGCCCCACAGCUCAUGAAACCUUCCUGCCUCAGUUUCUCACUCAGUUGGAUAAAAAGCCCCCAACUUCGACUGUGGGGAGAACUGGGUGGGGGGGGGCCCUCCUCCGGGCAGAUGCGGUCUCUGAGUCCUGCAUGCCCUUGGCUAGCUAGCUCUGGGUCAUUGGGCCUCAGGCACCCCACCCCUCUCCCCAGCAGCCUCAGGGGCUGGGCCCUUCUUGGCCACCCUGGGUUUGUCACGGUCACAAAUGUGUGCCAGCCGAGAGCACUGCUCCUAUACUGGGCAGCGUGGGGGACUCGCCCAUCACUGCCCAGCCCCU